AUGGAGUCUCUAUUAUCACAAACACAAGUAAUAUAUCCUACAACGAUGGCUCUUCUCAUCACCGUCUCUCUUCUCGUCAUAGUCUACCUUGUCCGGCGAUGGCUUAAACCGCUCUACCCUCCCGGUCCGAAAGGUCUUCCCAUAAUUGGAAACAUGCUCAUGAUGGACCAACUUUCACACCAUGGCCUAGCCAAGCUGGCCGAAACAUACGGAGGCUUGUUCCACCUAAGAAUGGGAUUUCGUCACGUGUUUGCCAUCACAUCACCUGACCUGGCCCGACAAGUUCUUCAAGUCCAAGACAUCAGCUUCUCAAAUCGGCCCGUGACAAUAGCCAUAAAUUACUUAACUUACGACUUAGCUGACAUGGCUUUUGCUCCUUACGGACCUUUUUGGAGACAAAUGAGGAAAGUAUGCGUCAUGAAGGUGUUUAGCCGUAGAAGAGCUGAGUCAUGGGCCUCGGUCCGCGACGAAGUAAAUAAUAUGGUCCGGUCUUUGUCUAGCAACGUCGGAAAACCCGUAAACGUUGGAGAGCUCAUUUUUACGUUGACAAGAAACAUAACGUACCGAGCCGCGUUUGGUGCCGCAUGCGAGACGGAACAAGACGAGUUCAUAAGGAUCUUGCAAGAGUUCUCAAAGCUAUUUGGAGCAUUCAACGUCGCAGACUUCAUACCGUUCCUAGGCUGGUUCGAUCUGCAUGGGAUAAACAAGAGGCUCGUGAAGGCCCGUAACGAUCUGGACGGGUUCAUUGAUGAAGUUAUCGAUGAGCAUAUGAAGAAGAGGGAGACUGUAAAAGAUGAUGAAGAUACCGAUAUGGUGGAUGAUCUACUUGCGUUUUACAGCGAAGAAGAAAAUUUAGUGAGCAAGGAUUCAUCAACUAAUCGAAACAAGAGCUCCGUAAAACUUACACGUGAUAAUAUCAAAGCGCUCGUCAUGGAUGUUAUGUUUGGAGGAACGGAGACAAUGGCGUCGGGGAUAGAGUGGGCCUUGACGGAGCUCUUACGUAACCCAGACGAACUCAAACGGCUCCAACAAGAACUUGCCGAAGUCGUGGGUCUUGACCAGCGCGUGGAUGAGAUGCACCUCGAGAAACUAACUUUCCUCAAAUGCACACUCAAAGAAACCAUGAGGCUCCACCCACCGAUCCCACUCAUCCUCCACGAGGCCAUUGAGGACACGAAGCUCCAAGGCUUCUCUGUGCCCAAAGGCUCGCGAUUGAUUAUCAACGCAUUCGCCAUCGCGCGUGACCCGAAACUAUGGGUUGAACCUGAAGCGUUUAAGCCUUCGAGGUUUAUGGAACCGGGUAUGCCUGAUUUUAUGGGGACUAACUUUGAGUUUAUACCGUUCGGGUCAGGUCGGAGAUCGUGUCCGGGGAUGCAGCUUGGGCUUUACGCAAUGGAGGUCGCUGUGGCUAACAUCAUUCACAGUUUCACGUGGCAGUUGCCUGAUGGGAUGACACCGAGUGAGCUUGACAUGAGCGACGUCAUGGGUCUCACCGCUCCCAGAGCCACACGCCUCAUUGCGGUGCCUAACAUGCGCCUCACUUGCCUUUACAACUAACUUUUCAAUGUGCAUCAGUUUUGUUUUUCUGUUAAAUCUUGUUUUAUCUUCUUUUUUUCUAGUUGUGUCUACAUCAAAUAAUUAAGUA